UCCAUCACCGUGGGCUUAUUUCUCCGAUCAAAUUUUAUUUUUUUCUUGUGUAACUGCCCGUAAGAGAUUCAAGCGGCGGCCCGCCUCUACCUCGACGUCCCAAUUUCUACAUCCUAGCCCGCCUGCCUGCCCGCAUAAUAUCCACUACGCUUGUCCACCACGAAACCUUGGAACUGGACUGUAACCCAUUCUCUUCCACACGCGAGCGCUCGUUCUUCCUCGAAGAAAUCUCUUCCAAACCAAACAACAACAGCGCAAGCCAAAGGAAUACCGGCAGGCACAUCCAAACUCGAUAUCCAUCAUGGAGCUUUGGACCCUUCUACUCGGCGCCCUCGUCGCCCUUCCCGCCGCCGCCUUGAAGGGAGACUUUCUCGCUUCCUGCUACGACGUCAACGUGGGCUCUGCCAAUCCUCCCGGCGUUCCCGUCUUCAACGACUUCGUCAGUGCAACGUGCCAAACCAUGAACAGCAAGAGCCAAGCGACCUCGAUGGACCUCAACCUUUGCGUCGGCUUCGACGUCUCGACCCAGACCCUUGCGUGGUCUCCCAUGGGAAAAUUCCGCAAUUAUUGCCGCAACUGCAGUCUGAAGGCUCCUAGCGAGCUGCAGUGCACAUGCGGCACAGACAAUCGCGCGAGCAGCCUUGAUCUCAACGAAGGCGUCUCCAAUCGGAACGGAACCCUGUUUUGUAUGAGCUGGGCUUAGCUGCGGUAGGCGCGUUUUCGAGAAGGACAUCCCAGUAUACCCACUUCUUUUAGACGCCUGAUCUUCUUUCUUUCGAUCCCUCAACCGUAGUAGCAUGGCGUCUGGGUGGCAUUUAUAGCUCCGUUGCGUUGUCACAGGCAUUUUUAGCAAGCUUGCUGCUCGAUCUUUCUACAUAGUUCCAAAUCCAGAUCGGCUGAAUUGAAGUUGAAAUUACCAAACAAAGAUUCGCA